GUUGGGAAAAGCCCGAAAUUCAAAUGAGAGAGAAAGGGGGAAAGCGGGGUAAUUUAGUGGGGAUAGUGGGAAUAACCGUCUCAACCGCCACUCUCGCAAAUUCUCACACACACACACACACACUAGUAAGAGAUACAUAGAUACAAACACCCAGUAUUAUGUGUCACUCCAAACAAAAUCCGCAGAUAAUAAUUAAGCAAAAGCCCAAAAAUCCAGACGCAAUCCCAUCUCCUCGACUUGGAAAUCAAGCGGCAUUUCAGAGAGAGAGAGAAUGAUGGAAGGCAAGAGAAGGAUGGCGCACGACGAUGAACUGCGCGAUAUAAAGAAAGGUCCAUGGAAAGUGGAAGAGGACGAAGUCCUCAUAAACCACGUGAAGAAAUACGGCCCCCGCGAUUGGAGCUCCAUUCGAUCCAAAGGCCUCCUCCGCCGCACCGGCAAGUCCUGCCGCCUCCGCUGGGUCAACAAACUCCGCCCUGACUUGAAGACGGGGAUGAAGUUCUCGGCCGAUGAGGAGAGGACGGUGAUCGAUCUGCAAGCGCAAUUCGGCAACAAAUGGGCGAAAAUCGCGACGUAUUUGCAGGGAAGAACAGACAACGACGUGAAGAAUUUCUGGAGCAGCAGGCAGAAGCGCCUCGCGAGGAUUCUGCACACCUCCACUGCUCCAUCGUCGAGCAAAUCUCACAAGACCACAAAGCAUCUCCAAACCCCUCCCUUCGAUUUCAUCCCAUCGCUCAAGGCGACCAAGUUGGAGGAGGAAUUUGCGGCGUCGUCCAUGGAAACGGUGCCGUUCGGGGAGGUGGUGUAUCCGAGCCCGAUCAGCGCUGUUCCGGUGGAGCAGCAGCCGUACGUCGCCUUCCCUCAGUUCCCGAUGCUUCCGCCGGACUACCCUCCGCUUCUAGAAGGGCAGGACUUCAUUGGCAGGCUCGGGGCUCCCAGUUUUCUCGACGACGAGUUGGGGCAUUCCGCGUUGGGCACAGCGCAAGUCCCCAUCGCCCCGUCGUUCCAAGCCUCUGGAACGUCCGAGAGCCACGACGCCGUGGACAUCGACAGCCUCAUCGACGAUGAUUUCCCUCCCAUUGACUUAUUUGAUCAAAUCGAGCCACUUCCUAGCCCCUCUCACUGGUCGUGAUUGGAUCUAACAAAGAAUGGCCUCUAUAUUUUUCAUCUAACAUUGUAGCUGCUAGUUUGUAAGUGUUUCAAACUUUUGUUAUGUUCUGUAUCUGCAACUCAUAUUGUGAAAUGAAUUGUGGUUUCUCUGUAAACAUUGUUUAGAACUAUCAUCACUAGCUAUGUAAUUAUAUCUUACUGGGAAACAAUAAUUAGAUCAAAUGGAAAAACUGGCUUCCCUGUCUCAAGAAGAUGUUGGCAACAUCUACUACCAUUUCAAAUUUGAUUGUAGCAAUGACAAAUUGGCAAACUUUAUUAUGAUAAUUCAACAAAACCAUUUAAUGGUCAGACGCUUCCCUUCUAACUAAGCCACACGAAAGGGAAAUGGAAAAUCAUUAUUGAUCCUCCUUAUAUAAAAAAAAAAAAAAAAAAAAAAGAUCAUUUCACAUCAAGGACAGAAAGCCAAUUCACUAGGUUUCUUGGACUUGCAUUAACUGGACACCAGCUAGAUCUUUCAGUGAUCCCACAAAGUUUCCAGCAGUAAACAACUUGUUCUCUUUGAAAACUACAGACCUCUGUAAGAUUGAAUAUGCACAAUACUCGACUUCGGCUACCUCAACAUCCUCAAAACAUCCUGCGACAGAGGAUCCAACUCCUUCCCCUGAAAGCAGACCAUUUUUUCAAAGUCUCAGAUCAUCAAGAAGCAAAACUGUGCUGAUGAAAUGUGUAGAAUGACGGCGACACAACAUUGUCAAGUGGCGCGUGAUGUAAGGCCUCAGAAAUAGAAGGUACCACUAAUGCUUGAGAGCCAGUAAACGCUACAUUUACGACUAGCUCUUGAGAAGCUUACCAUGUGUCACUAACAACAAGUUUUCCGAAGGAUAUUUGUCAGCGAGACUUGUGAUCACCUGAACAUAUCUAGCCCUGGCGCCGUCUAAUGUCUCUUGCCAUCUUGGCAGCUUACAUUCACAGACAAAACCAUGUUUUAGCAUGAGGAUAUUAAACUGCUACAGGCUCAUAUUGUAUAGGUCUGAAUAUAAUGAAAUCAUUGAUAUAAUAUUACCUCCUUAUAAACCAUUUCAGUAGAAUUAUCAAUAGUUCCAGCAGGUAAUACAGAUUUACAUUGUGAUGUGUCGAAACUAAAAAUCCCAUCUUUAGGUGCAACGUUAGGUCGGAUGGCUAAAGAGUUCAUCAUCUCACAUAAUCCAUACUCCAUUGAGACCUGCAGAAUAUGCAAUAGAGUUUAGUUGACAAGUGAUAUUGCUGUCACUCACUUCACACUCGAGCUUUAUAGAAACAUGACACACAGACUUAUAAUUUUGUCACUUGAUCAUACACAAGUAUAGAUAGAAGCCUGCAGCAUACAUGAACAAACUCCUCUAUUUCCAGUUUUGUUUACAUCCAUCCAAUCUUCACUUUUUAGCAUUGAACAAUAUAGCUUACAUUGGUAUCUUUAGAAGUUUAUAGGUUUAAACGUGGGAAUAAAUUAUGUGUUUGGAUGAAUAAUUUGACCUUUUGGAGUGUGAUAGGUUUGGAAUUGAAUAUUUAUUAGGUUACUUGUAUUUUUCCUGUAACUUAUGGUGGGGUAUAAUGAAUUUGCGGCUAGUAUACAAAAGAAUAAUUUAAGUGGUAGAUUCCACUUCAGUGAGUAUAAAAUUUGGAUGAAAUUUGACAUUUUUUUAAAAAAAUGAUAAAGCGUUGAAAACCUGGGGUAACUAGCUAACCAGUGACAUGAUGAAGAAUAGAAAAUAAAAUUGGUUUUUGGGUGGAGAAUAACGAUAGUGGCUUUCCGAGUUGUUGAAACACAGAGGGAAAAUGGAUUUGGAUAAACUUAAAAAAGUAAAACAUUUUCCACAAAAUCGUCAAAUUAAGCAGGCUGCAUAUAUUUUUUUCCAACUCCAAGUUUAAUCUGAGAUUUCAUCCGAGGAAACUCCUCCCAACAAGCAUAUCAUAUAUUUAACCUAGAAUUUCAUCUCUCAUACAAUAAGCGAGUACUUGAAUCCAGCAAUUCAUAUCAAAAAAGGAAAAUCAAGUUAUGAUCCACUGAUGUAGGCAAACUAUGCUGGAAAAAGAUAUUGAAAUUCAACGCAACGAAAUGUAUGUAAUACAGCAAAAGGUCAACAUCAACGACAAAAAAGGGCACGUUUCUCAUGCAUAAAAUUAAUAAACCGACCUUGAUUUUCGAAGGAUCGAUAACGACGCCGUUGGAGGUAAGGUCAUUGGGAUCGUCGGAUUUCCUGUCGACGGCGCACAGCGCCGAGACGACUCCGGAGGCAGUCUGGAGGCAGCGUAAGAAUGGGGAAACGAAGACGCGGUGGAUCGGAAAAGAGAGCUGCUUCCUGAGCUUAUCGCCGGUGGAGUAGGCCCGGACGUGGCCGUCGUCGGCGAGCGGGGGAUCCCAGGGGCGGGGCGCGGACGCCGCCCAGAGAGGGACGGCGUUGUCGAGCCUGUCGCCGUGGCGCAUUACGACGACGUUUUGGCGGAACUGGGAGGAGCCAUCGCCAUCGGACAAACCCAUCAAAUAGAUUUGGUGCAAAGAGAGAUUCUUAGAGUGAGAAAGUGCCCUCUUUUCGCUCC